AUGUGCAGUAUUUGCAAUGCCGAGCUUGCAUACUACAGCAGCACGUCGGCCAUGAAUGAACACCUGAAGCGCCGUCACCCAGCUCUACAUGAAGUACUGAACAGGAAGACGAGGCCCGAUCCAGAAGGGGAGAGCUGUCCCCCGAGGCCCACUGACAGAACGGCGUCACCGGCCAAGAAACUGGCCACCCUGCCUAAAACUGAUGCGCUCACGCGAAGGCCCGGUUCACCGGCAUCACCUUCCCCACGGCCAAAAAGAGACGUGAUGAAGUCGGACGAGAGGCAGCAGCUGGCGAAGGAGCGGCGAGAGGAAAAAGCUAAAUAUCUCGAAGAGCUCAGCAAACUUCAAGCGGCCAAGAAGAGCCAGUGGUUAGAAAAGGAGGAGAGGGCGCGGCAAUUGAGGGAGCAGCAGCUGGAGGAACGGCGCAGGAGGCUGGAGGAACAACGCAUCCUGGCGGAAAAACGUCGCGCCGCCCUGGAGGAGCGACAGAAGCAGAAGCUGGAAAAGAACAAAGAACGCUAUGAGGCGGCCAUCCACCGCUCUGCCAAGAAGACUUGGGCCGAAAUCCGCCAACAAAGGUGGUCGUGGGCCGGCAACCAGAAUCCCAAUCAGAAAGAGAGCAGAUGUUCUCUCUCCACCGUCAACCUUCCCAAACACGUGGACUCGGUUCUAAACAAGCGUCUCUCCAAGUCUUCGGCCACGUUGUGGAACUCCCCCAGCAGAACCCGUAACGCUGCCCUCAGCCCAUGGGAGAGCAGCAUCGUGGACCGCCUGAUGACGCCAACCUUGUCGUUCCUGGCUCGGAGCCGUAGUGCCGCCAGUGUGCUCCCCAAUGGAAAAGAUGGACAGUCCCCACUGUGCCCUCGGUCCUCUUCCGCCAGCCCCCUGACAUUGUGCGCCCACCAACCCCACCACCGCUGCGCCGAACGCUGGAGGGUGACGUCCAGCACGCCAGACAUCACCCAACGGCAGCACAGACGGAGCUCCACACCCAUUGACAGAACCAAAAAAGAGAAGAAAGACAAGGAGCGGGAGAACGAAAAAGAGAAAAAUGCUUUGACAAAGGAGAAGUUCCUUAAGAAGCGGCAGUCGCUUCCGAGCAUGAGACACAGAGCAGACUUGAGUCCUAGUCCACUAUCAAGACCGCGCCCGUCGUCACCCGCCACGCCGAAAGGCAGGACGGCGUCGCCGAGUCCCGCGGUCUCCCCGAAGCCCGCUUCCACGCGCAGCAGCCCAUCCACCCCCAAAGGACAGCCCAGGAGGGCGAGGACUCCCGCUAGGGUUGACCAUCGGACUUCCCCGCCUGUCCCGUUGGAGAGAGUGAGGGAACAUCGGAGGCCGGUCACCCCAGAAUACAGUCGACGUUCUCCUGUUGUUCCUGCUUUCAAAUACUCUGCAGCGUCAACUUCUGCUACCUCGCCGUCUCCCGAGCCAUAUGUCAAAGACAUUCCCUCCGCGCCGUCUCCCAAGCCAAUGGCGGGCACCAACGAUCCCGAGGAGGCAGCACGAAUUUUGGCGGAGAAGCGGAGGCAGGCUCGUGAGCAAAGAGAGAGGGAGGAGGAAGAGCGCCGUGUGCAGGAGGAAAAGGACAGGCUAAUGAGAGAGGAGCGUCUAGCGAGGGAAGCGGAGGAGAGUCGUCGGCGUGAAGAGGAGGCGCGCAUCGCAGCUGAGGAGCAGCGGAAAAGGGAUGAGGAGAAGCGGAUAAGGGAGGAACGCGAAGCUCAGGAGAGAGCUGAGGCCGAACAGGAGGAGAACAUUCGUUUACAGAAGCAGAAAGAAGAAGCUGAGGCAAAAGCUCGCGAGGAGGCGGAGAAGCAGCGCGAGGAGAGGGAGAAACACUUCCAGAAGGAGGAGCAGGAGAGGCUGGAGAGGAAAAAGCGCCUGGAAGAGAUUAUGAAGAGGACGCGCAAAUCUGACGCAAAUGACAAGAAGGAGACAAAAUCUGCACAGCCGCCACCUCAAGUGAGCGAGAAAGACGUGGACAGCAGCAAAGAAUGCGAGGUGAACAUGGAUGACAAGAAGACGGAACAUGAACAGAGCAGACAAAGCCCGGAGGGCCAAACUCAGCUGAACGGCGUCCAAGCGGGCAGACGCGAGCGCAACGGCUUGACGGCCGACAUUAUCAUCCACGCCGCGGAUGGGGCCGCCGACGACAUCCUAACCUAUCGGGGCGACGACGCUUUUGUCAAGAAAGCGUCGGCGCCGCUCAAGACACAGCACGUGGCAGAGACGCUGGGACUGGAGAGCGUUGACGUAGUAUUAAGCGAGGAGGAGAAUGUGGAGGCAGCGAAAGACAUUCAACAGUUCACUUGGACAAAAGACUGUCAGGAGACGUUUUUCAACCUCAAAAGGGCGCUCACCAAUGCCCCUGUCCUCACGUUACCAGACCCAGCUCUGCCAUUCAUGCUGGACACAGACGCAAGCAAUGUGGGCACGGGAGCCGUCCUGUCGCAGUCGGGGCCUGACGGUGAACGAGUGGUGGCCUAUUUCAGCUGCAUCUUCAAUAAGAGCGAGAGGCGCUAUUGUGUGACGAGGAGCGAGCUAUUGACGGUCGUCUUGACUUCCGUUACUACCUGUGUGGCGUGCCUUUCACCAUCAGGACAGACCACGCUGCACUACAGUGGCUGA